GUGAUGAACAUGUUCUGUCGUACUGAUCAGAAGUCUAUCUGUUAUCUCUGCUCUGUGGAGGAACAUAAAGGCCACGACAUAGUCUCAGUUGUAGCAGAAAGGACGGAGAGGCAGAGAGAGAUGGAGGUGAGACGACAACAAAUCCAGCAGGAGAUCCAGGACAGAGAGAAAGAUGUGAAGCUGCUUCAGCAGGAGGUGGAGGCCAUCAAUCAGUCUGCUGAUAAAACAGUGGAGGACAGUGAGGAGAUCUUCACUGAGCUGAUCUCUCUACUCCAGAAAAGAAGCUCUGAUGUGAAGCAGCAGAUCAGAUCCCAGCAGGAAACUGAAGUGAGGAGAGUCAGAGAGCUGGAGGAGAAGCUGCAGCAGGAGAUCACUGACCUGAAGAGGAGAGACGCUGAGAUGAAGCAGCUCUCAGACACCGAGGAUCACAACCAGUUUCUCCACAACUACCCCUCACUGUCACCACUCAGUGAGUCCACACACUCCUCCAGCAUCAGCAUCUGUCCUCUCAGCUACUUUGAGGAUGUGACAGCAGCUGUGUCAGAGGUCAGAGGUCGACUACACGACAUCCUGAGAGACAUGUGGACAAACAUCUCACUGACCAUCACUGAUGUGGAUGUUUUACUGCCCAAAGAACCAAAGAGCAGAGCUGGAUUCUUGAAGUAUUCAUGUGAAACCACUCUGGAUCCAAACACAGUAAACAUAUGGCUGUUACUGUCAGAGGAGAACAGAAAGGUGACUUUUACGGACCAACAUCAGUCUUAUUCUGAUCAUCCAGACAGAUUCACUGAUUAUACUCAGGUCCUGAGUAGAGAGAGUCUGACUGGACGUCAUUACUGGGAGGUGGAGAAGAAAACAGGUGUUUUUGUAGCAGUUUCAUACAAGAAUAUCAACAGAUCAGGGAGGGAGAGUAUAUUUGGAUAUAAUGACAAAUCUUGGUCACUACGUUGUUACUCAGACAGAUAUGUAUUUUGGUACAACAGCAUCCAAACCUCCAUCUCAGGUCCUCAGAGCUCCAGAAUAGGAGUUUACCUGGAUCACAGAGCAGGUGUUCUGUCCUUCUACAGCGUCUCUGAAACCAUGACCCUCCUCCACAGAGUCCAGACCUCCUUCACUCAGCCGCUCUACGCUGGAGUUUAUGUUGGUAACACUGAUGGAGACUCAGCUGAGUUCUGUAAACUCAGAUAGACGCGUUUCCUUCUCCGUGUUUAUGAGUCAGAGUUGAUUGUUGUGAUGUUUCUUCACCGUUCAGAGAUCCACGUCUCAAACUCUGAUUAUAGAGGAACUUUGUUGUUCAGGUGUUUUGCAGGUUUAACUCUUAUUUCUGGUCAUGUAUGGGAUGUUUUAUUUGAUCAACCUGAAACUGUGUCUUUAUAAAUGUGUCUUUAUGUUUUAAUCACGUUAUUCUUCUUCAGCUUCAUGAACCUGAACAUAAAAAUCAGGAGAUCUGCAAAUCAGAUGAUGUUGAUGUCUUAAUCUGUUGAGGAUGUUUCCAGAGGUGGAAAAAGUACAAAAAUAUUGUACUUAAGUAAAAGUACACAUUUUCAGCUUAAAAAUUACUUAAGUAAAAGUAAAAAGUACCCAUUAAGAACAUUACUUAAGUAAAAGUAUAAAAGUACCUCAAAUUAAAUAUAAUAAAGUACCAAAAGUACAUGGUGUAAAAUGUACUUAAGAACAAAAGUACAAAGUACAAAAUUAUUUUCAAAAGGAUUGCAAAGAAAUGAAGUCCCAACAUUGUCAUGCUGUCGAAAGUGGCUUUAUUCCAAGAAUUUGCUUACAACUCUAAAUAAUGUUGAUAUUAUUCUGACCCCUUUAGCGUUUGUCUCCAUUACCCCAUUUUAAUUUCUCCUUUUGCUCAUCACUGCUGCUGUAGCCCAUUGGCCCCGCUGACAGGUCCACCCCCAGCCUGUAAUGCAGUGACAACAUUAAGCAACCCCAGCUGAAGGGGGAUGAAGGAGACUCUUGAACUGAUUGAACUUUUAAAUGCCAAAACCACCUUAGAAGGGGUGGAAUGAAAGAAUGGUGCCCAUGGACACGCGCCGGCUGCCGCUCCGUCCUCGUCGGUCCUCAACGCGACGGCGGUUCCUCCGG